AUGGCGGCCAACAUGUACCGGGUCGGAGACUACGUCUACUUCGAGAACUCCUCCAGCAACCCCUACCUGAUCCGGAGGAUCGAGGAGCUCAACAAGACGGCCAACGGGAACGUGGAGGCCAAGGUGGUGUGCUUCUACCGGCGGCGGGACAUCUCCAGCACGCUCAUCGCGCUGGCCGACAAGCACGCCACCCUGUCCGUCUGCUACAAGUCCGGGUCCGGGGCGGACGGCGAGGAAGGGGAGAUGGAGGAGGAGAUGGAGAACCCCGAGAUGGUGGACCUGCCCGAGAAGCUGCGGCACCAGCUGCGCCACCGCGAGCUGUUCCUGUCAAGGCAGCUGGAGUCGCUGCCCGCCACGCACAUCAGGGGGAAGUGCAGCGUCACUCUGCUCAACGAGACCGAGUCGCUCAAGUCCUACCUGGAGCGGGAGGACUUCUUCUUCUACUCCCUCGUCUACGACCCGCAGCAGAAGACGCUGCUGGCCGACAAGGGCGAGAUCCGCGUGGGCAACCGGUACCAGGCGGACAUCACGGACCUGCUGAGGGAAGGCGAGGAGGACGGCCGCGACCAGGCCAAGCUGGAGACCAAGGUGUGGGAGGCCCACAACCCGCUGGUGGACAAGCAGAUCGACCAGUUCCUGGUGGUGGCCCGCUCCGUGGGCACCUUCGCCCGGGCCCUGGACUGCAGCAGCUCCGUCCGGCAGCCCAGCCUGCACAUGAGCGCCGCUGCCGCCUCGCGGGACAUCACCCUGUUCCACGCCAUGGACACGCUGCACAGGAGUGUGUACGACGUUGCCAAGGCGAUCUCGGCGCUGGUGCCGCAGGGCGGGCCGGUGCUGUGCCGGGACGAGAUGGAGGAGUGGUCGGCCUCGGAGGCCGGCCUGUUCGAGGAGGCGCUGGAGAAGUACGGCAAGGACUUCACGGACAUCCAGCAGGACUUCCUGCCCUGGAAGUCGCUGACCAGCAUCAUCGAGUAUUACUACAUGUGGAAGACCACCGACAGAUACGUGCAGCAGAAACGCUUGAAAGCCGCUGAAGCAGAGAGCAAGUUAAAGCAAGUUUAUAUCCCCAACUAUAACAAGCCAAACCCGAACCAGAUCAGCGUGAACAGCGCGAAGGCGGGCGUGGUGAACGGCGCGGGGGCUCCCGGCCAGACCCCCGGGGCCGGCCGGGCCUGCGAGAGCUGCUACACCGCCCAGUCUUACCAGUGGUAUUCUUGGGGUCCCCCUACCAUGCAGUGUCGCCUCUGCGCGCCCUGUUGGACGUACUGGAAGAAAUAUGGUGGCUUGAAAAUGCCAACCCGCCUAGACGGAGAGAGGCCCGGCCCAAACCGCAGUAACAUGAGCCCCCAUGGCGUCCCGGCCCGGAGCAGCGGGAGCCCCAAGUUCGCCAUGAAGACGCGGCAGGCCUUCUACCUGCACACCACCAAGCUCACCCGCAUCGCCCGGCGCCUGUGCCGCGAGAUUCUGCGGCCCUGGCACGCCGCCCGGCACCCCUGCCUGCCCAUCAACAGCGCCGCCAUCAAGGCCGAGUGCACGGCUCGGCUGCCUGAAGCCUCGCAGAGCCCCCUGGUGCUGAAGCAGGCCGUGCGGAAGCCCCUAGAAGCUGUGCUCCGCUAUCUCGAGACCCACCCCCGCCCCCCCAAGCCCGACCCCGGGAAGAGCGUGCCCGGGGUGCUGGGCGGCCUCGCCCCCGCCAAGUCCGCCCCCGUCAUCAACCACGGCUCGCCCACCAUCCUGGGCAAGAGGAGCUACGAGCAGCACAACGGCGUGGACGGCACCAUGAAGAAGCGCCUCUUGAUGCCCAGUAGGGGCCUGACGAACCACGGACAGACCAGGCACAUGGGACCAAGCCGGAACCUCCUGCUCAACGGGAAGUCGUACCCCACCAAAGUGCGCCUCAUCCGGGGGGGCUCCCUGCCCCCCGUGAAGCGGCGGCGGAUGAACUGGAUCGACGCCCCUGACGACGUGUUCUACAUGGCCACCGAGGAGACCAGGAAAAUCCGCAAGCUGCUCUCGUCCUCGGAGACCAAACGGGCCGCCCGCCGGCCUUACAAGCCCAUCGCCCUGCGCCAGAGCCAGGCCCUGCCGCCCCGGCCGCCCCCGGCCGCGCCCAUCAACGACGAGCCCAUCGUCAUCGAGGACUAG